GAAUCAAGCCGCCGCGCCCCCGGGGAAGGGGGCCAGCCGCCGACUCCCGGCUCUUCCGCUCUCUCCUAACUUCGGGGUGGGGCAGCCCAGCCCAGCGGGGCCACCAGGUGCCUGGUGAGGUGGAAAGACAGUGUGUAACACCGACUUAAAGUGAGUCCCCGGGAGAAGAAUUUUGCGGGCUGCGUCCUUGUGUGAGUGCGGGGAGAGACCCAGGGCCUCACCAUGUCCGGGAAACGGAAGCGAGUGGUGUUGACGAUUAAAGAUAAGCUUGAUAUAAUAAAGAAACUUGAAGACGGAGGUUCUUCCAAGCAGCUGGCAGUGAUUUAUGGAAUUGGUGAGACAACGGUUAGGGAUAUAAGGAAAAACAAGGAGAAAAUUAUAACGUACGCGAGCAGUUCUGAUUCCACCAGCCUUCUGGCCAAAAGGAAGUCCAUGAAGCCAUCCAUGUAUGAGGAACUGGACCGAGCAAUGCUGGAGUGGUUCAACCAGCAGAGAGCCAAAGGGAAUCCUGUGUCUGGGCCCAUUUGUGCAAAAAGGGCCGAGUUCUUCUUCUAUGCUUUGGGAAUGGAUGGUGAUUUUAACCCCUCUGCCGGUUGGCUGACUCGUUUUAAGCAGCGGCACAGCAUUCGAGAAAUUAACAUUAGGAAUGAAAGACUGAACGGAGACGAGACCGCCGUGGAAGAUUUUUGUAACAACUUCCGAGACUUUAUUGAACGAGAGAAUCUGCAGCCUGAACAGAUCUACAAUGCGGAUGAAACUGGACUCUUUUGGAAAUGCCUGCCUUCCAGGACUUCAGUAAUCAAAGGUAAAUGCACUGUCUUUGGGCACAAGUCCAUUGAAGAAAGAGUCACCAUCAUGUGUUGUGCCAAUGCAACAGGUUUACACAAACUUAAACUUUGUGUUGUGGGGAAACCAAAGAAACCUUGCUCCUUCAAGUCAGCCGACACCUCAAACCUGCCAGUCUCUUACUUCAGCCAGAAAGGUGCGUGGAUGGACCUUUCCAUUUUCCGACAGUGGUUUGACAAGAUCUUUGUGCCACAAGUUCGAGAGCACUUACGCUCCCGAGGCCUACAGGAAAAGGCUGUGCUCUUGUUGAACAAUUCACCAACACAUCCAAAUGAAAAUGUCCUUAGGUCGGAUGAUGGCCAAAUAUUUGCUAAAUAUUUACCACCUAAUGUGGCUUCACUGAUUCAGCCCUCCGACCAGGGUGUCAUAGCAACAAUGAAGACAAACUAUCGUGCAGGUCUUCUCCAGAGCAACUUGGAAGAGGGUAAUGACCUGAAAUCAUUCUGGAAAAAGCUAACUCUCCUGGAUGCACUGUAUGAAGUAGCAAUGGCUUGGAAUUUAGUAAAGCCAGUUACCAUUAGCAGAGCAUGGAAGAAGAUCCUUCCUACCAUAGAGGAGAGAGAAGGCUUGGACUUUGAUGAAGAAGAUAUUUCGCUGGCUACCGUGGCCACCAUUUUACAACACACCAAAGGAUUGGAAAAUGUGACUACUGAAAACAUUGAAAAAUGGCUUGAAGUGGACAGUACUGAACCUGGUUAUGAAGUAUUAACUGACAGUGAAAUCAUCAGAAGAGCCCAAGGCCAGACAGAGGAAUCCAGUGAAAAUGAGGAGGAGGCAAUAGAACUAAUUCCAGAGAAACAUAUCAAUCAUGCAGCUGCUCUCCAAUGGACUGAAAGUUUAUUGGAUUAUCUAGAACAACAAGGUGAUAUAAUUCUGCCCGAUAAACUGGUGAUACGUAAACUUCGAGCCACCAUCAGAAAUAAACAGAAGAUGACCAACUCAAGCCAAUAAUGGCAUUUCAAUAUUACUGUUUGUAACUCUUAACCUCUCUACAAUGAUGGCUUUAUUUUGUGUGUGUGUUCUGAAUUGUCAGACACAGUCCUAUGAAAUAUGGAGACAAAAAUGUACCUGAAGUGGUUUGAGGAUUAUGUGUUUUGCAUCAUCUGUGUCUCUUGUCCCUUUACUUACGCAGAUAAUCUGAAGCCGGUUCUGUAUAAAUAUAUAUUACAUGUACACAUGUUUUCACUUUUGUAGAUCUAUAAUUAUCCCUUCCAUAACAGUGGCAUUCCCUACAUUUUCUAGCAAAUGUUACAGAUAAUAAUGAACAGAUAGAGCAUUUUCCUGAAUUUUUUGUUUAAUUUGUGAGCACUGCCACAGUAAUCUUUUCUUGUCUAACCCUCUUAAAUGGUUAUUUGCUUUGUGUAUCUGUAUGUGCUGAAAGAAUGAGGAAAUAUCUAUAUUGUUAUAUUGCAGGGUGAUCUAUAAUAACUCAAAAUGAAGUUCAAUAAUGAGGAGGAAACAGUAAUCUAUGAAUUAUAAAAAUGUCUUAGAAAUCAUAGUUCUGUUAUAUUAAUGUUAGGAUGGCAAUAGAUUUUUCUGAAAACUGAAUUAAAUACAAUAUAGGAAGUGAUUGCUAAAUUAAUGACAAAACUAUUGGAAAACAUAUAAAAGAUAUUCUAUUCAUUUGUAGAAAACUGGAAGUUGAAAAUUUGAGGAGCUUUAAGUUAUUUAUAUAAAGGGAAUAAAUAGGCUUCUUUUAAUUGGGUCUUUUUAUUAUGAAUUGAGUAACAGUAUAGGUUUAUUAUUUAUUCACCUAAUUAUAUUACAGGUUCUAUAAUGUUACAUGAGCUCCCAUCUUAUAUGUGGGUGACCAUCUUGGGAAUUUGAAAGUUUUGUUGUUUUUUACUGUGUACUUGAUAUUGUGAAUAAUUUGAAAAAAAUUUGUCAUACCGUCUCUUUAUUUCAUAUGAAAAGAAAAAAAAAGAAUAAAGUUUUUAUUUUUAAUAA